AUGCUUUCAAGAAGAUUAUUCGACACAUGUGAUGAAUUAAUUCAAGCAUCUUUAUCUUCUCUGAGUUUUGAUUCUACACCAGUAAAGGCUAAUGACCUAAUGUCUGUGAUGACUUCAAAUAUAAAACAGAGUCUGUUACCUAAUGAUGACGACCACGAGGAUUCCGGUCUCGGUAUGGAUGAGCAUUUAAUAUGUACACUUAGCUUAACGAAAUCUGCCAAGAGACAGCGCAAAGAAGAAGACAACUCAUCAUGUUCAAAACGUUCUAAAAUUUGUACCGAUAUAAAGACUGUGAUAACAAACCUUGAAGAGAACGACGACUUCAUUGCCGAUGGUAUCAGAUUAUAUACUUUACCGACUGUCACUGGAAAACAUUCUGAUUUGAAAAGCAUCACUCCACAGACACUGGUUGGUGUUGUAAUUUGA